GCAUGCACCCCACCCGGCCUAACCCCACCUCGGGGGCUCUCUGUCCCCAGUAGCAGUGAAAUGGCAAGUGUCCGGAGCUCCUCGCUGCUCAGCUGCCUCCCCUCCCUCCUCGUCCUGCUCCUCCAUCUGUCUGUCAGCUAUGCAGGACAGUUCAGAGUGAUUGGACCAGGGCACCCCAUCCGGGCUCUUGUGGGGGAUGAAGUGGAACUGCCGUGCCGGCUGUCGCCCGGGAGGAAUGCGACAGGCAUGGAGGUGGGCUGGUACCGCCCCCCUUUCUCCAGAGUGGUUCAUCUCUACAGAAAUGGCAAGGACCAAGAUGGGGAACAGGCACCAGAGUACCGGGGUCGGACAGAGCUGCUGAAAGAGACCAUUGGCGAGGGGAAGGUGAGCCUCAGGAUCCGGAACGUAAGGUUCUCCGAUGAGGGCGGCUACACGUGCUUUUUCCGGGACCACUCAUACCAAGAGGAGGCGGCCGUGGAGCUGAAGGUAGAAGAUCCCUUCUACUGGAUCAGCCCAGCCGUGCUGGUCCUCAUGGCUCUCCUGCCCGUGCUCCUGCUGCAGGUCUCCAUGGGCCUCAUCUUCCUCUUCCUGCAGCACAGACUCAGAGGAAAACUCCGAGCAGAGAUAGAGAAUCUCCAUCGGACUUUUGAUCCCCACUUUCUGAGAGUGCCACCCUGGAAAAUCACCCUCUUUGUAAUUGUUCCAUUCCUUGGACCCCUGGUUGCCUUGCUCAUUUGCUACAACUGGCUACAUCGAAGAUUAGCAGGGCAAUUCCUUGAAGAGCUGAGAAACCCCUUCUGAGUGAUGUCACAGCAGAAGAGGAGUUCAGCAACUCCAGGACGGGUCCUUUUGGGUGUCUCAUCCAUCAGGCUGCACCCUAGGGGGGCCUCCUUGCUCUGGGCAUCCCAAUCUGCCCUUGGAGAAAUACUGUGACUCCCAGCAAGAUGGACUUUCCUUCUUCCAUCAAACACCUUUCCCUUUUCUCAACUCCUUCCUUCCAUUUUGCUGCGCACACCAUCCCAUGCUUCUCUCCAGUCUCCACCUGGAAGCCCUCCAGCAAUGCCCUCACCAAAGGACACCCUGCUGGAAAGUAUGGUGGGCAGAAGAAGAGUGGAAGAACAGGAACUCUGCAAAGGGGGGUGUUUCUGGCGAGAGCGUCUCGUUGGACUCUCACCCUGUCAUCUAACUACCAAGGAGCUGGAGGCACGAGGCAAAAAGAGCCUGGCAGCACAUCUGCUUCAGAAUGUCUCCCUCCUGUGUGUCAACAUCUUCCCUGGGUCCUUCGCUCUUGCCCCUCUUCUCAGCCUUUUCCUCCCAUCACUCUCAUCAAGAGUAUGCACUCAUUUGUUCAACAGUGACUAGUCGGUGGUCUACCAAACACAAAGGAACAGAAUAGGUGCUAAUGAAUAACAUAACGCUUCCCUGUGCCACCUCCCUCUUCUCCAUCUCCUCGUCACCUCCCUCUACUAGCCUCCUCCCCAUAGAGGUCAGCCCUCAGGAAAACCAAGCACACAGAAACCUCUGUGAAAGGCCAUUUAUUUAUGUCCCAAGACCUUUCUUGGUGUCCUUUGCUUCUCCCUUAUCUUGCCUUUCCUGGGGGCAGAGAUCCUUGGAGAAGACCCACUGUCUCCAAGCUUCCCAUCCUUCCCUGUUGUGGGAGGAAAGAAGCCAAGCCACUGGCCCAGGAACAACCAGCAUUUGUGGGGACUUCCCAGGCAUUGCUCCUCAACUUUGAGGCUCUUCCAGUGACCCACAAGGUCCUCCUUCCCAAAGCAGAGGUCACAGAUAGGGCAGCAGUAGAUCUUCUGCUUCCAGUGGGUCUGCUGGUGCCUGAGCAGCUUAGAAAAUGAGCUCAAGGACUUACCACAGUGGAAGCAGCGAUUAUGCUCCUUUGUGACGUGGGUGUCCCGGUGGCUGAGAUAGGCUUUCUUGCUAAAUGUGAAGGAACAGUGGGGACAAGAAAACACCUUGCAUGUUGUAAGUCUUGUUGAGUCAGGGUUGGGCUGAGUAACCAAGGGGCUCUAGUGUUGGGAUCCUGGAUCCUGGGAUCAGGCCCUUGGGCUAUAGGGACUGGUGCCUGAGCUUUCACAAAGAUCACUUUGUUCCUGGACAUGCGUGUUUGGCUACUAGCAAUAGUGACUUGGGCCUGGGCCACAGGACCCUUUGUUCUGAAUACAGACUCUUGGGUCCUAGCUACUGGUGCCUGGUAACAAGUGACAGGUGCCCUGGCUUCGUUCCCGAGCUCCUGGAUCCUAGAGUUAGGUGCAUGGCUCCCGGAUGCAGCUGGGAGAUCUGGAGUCCUCACAACACGCUCCUGCUUCCCCGCCACGGGCUCUUGGCUUUGAUGUGUCCUCUGGUGACGUUUAAGUUCGGACUGGUCCCGGAAGCCUUUCCCACAGAGGGGGCAUGGAUGGGGCCGGAAGCCAAGAUGGACCCGGCGGUGGCGACUCAGUCCAGAGGGGUCGCAAUACGUCUUAUCGCAGAUGGAACAGCAGAAGGUCUUCCCCUCAAGGUGCACACGUUUGUGGUACUUGAGGCUCCUGAGGCUCCUGAAGGAUUUCCCACACUGGUUGCAGGCACAAGUCCACUUGGGGUCAUGAACAAAUUGGUGCCUAAGAAGCUGGGAGUGCUCCUUGAAGUACUUGCCACAAGUGUAGCAGCAAAAAGAUGAUCCAGCCCGGGGUGCUAGGAGCACUUGGGGCCUGGCCAUGGACCUGGCUGGAGCAGAGGGUGGGCUCUGGCCAUCCCACUUCCCAGCACGGAAGACCCUUUUACUGCCAGUCUUAUCACACGGACCCUGAUUCUGUUUCUGGAGUUCUUCAUACUCCUUGCUUCCUGUAGUAAUGAAGAAUAACCCGAGAUUCACCAGGAGAACCCCAACACAAGCUUUCCAUUCUACCCAAACUACUUCCCAUCUUUAUACCCUCCCUCUCUCAUUGAAAACAUUUACCCACACACCCUUAGAACUCAUAGGCUAAAGAUUAAGAAUAUACUUUUGUUCUUUUAAAUUAAAAUCCAAUAAAAAUUUUACUGGAAUCUUUCAACAAUGGCACGGGCAAUAAAAAUCUUCACCCUUCUUGAAA